AUGAAGCCCGGCAGCAUGCCAGCGCGCGCUCAGUCGCGGUCGGUUUGCCAACUGUGCAACUAUAUACUACAACAGCCUGGAAGUCGCCGGACUUUCCUCUCCACAUCAUUCCGAGCGCCUUCGAUACGACGACAAACCGCGUCAACCCCGAAUGCAUAUCGCAAUCCGUCUGCAGUCCGUCCACGAAACAUCACCACGACAAGCCGGAAGGCAGCAGUGGUCGACACUAGCGACGAUGGCGGGCGACAAUAUUCGGAGAGAAUAGUGUCGUUGAAGAGCAAACUCGCUCAAGUAGAGGCUCGGAUACAAGAGAUAUACAAUUCAUCCAAAGUCGAGCAGGAGGCGGUCAUAAUGGAAGCAUUUGAGGGAUUGAACUACGUUGCACAAGAAGCAAUAGCGAUACGUUUAAGACAGCCUCCAGCGACGCAGGCGCAUAUAAGGCAAAGUAGCGCUGGGGCCAUACUCUCUGGACUGGGUGCUGAGGAGGAGGCAAAGACGGAAGUGAAAAAAAGUUCAAAGCUUCUUGGACUGGAUGCGCUACCCUCGCCAUCGUAUCUCUCGAAGCUCGCGGAGAGCCUUCUCAAACACGAGAAGGUCUUCCUAUCACCAAACAUCCUCGCGAUAUACAUCCACAUACAGCGGCUCCUUGCCCGACCCAAGUCCAUUCCAGAAGCGCUCUACCUCUACGCGAACAAACCAGUCCCCGUCGAAGGUUCUUCGCCUCCCAAGUUCUCACGACCCUCUCCCAAGUCAGCAAAGCAGGCCAUUCCAGCCGAUCUCGCCGACGCAGCGCUCACCGCAGCAAUCGACGCGAAAGAUCUUUCUUUAGCCCUAGAUGUUGUUGACCACAGCUAUCGUGCUCCUGCGUGGCGGCGGCACCGCAUAGUCACAAAGCUGGGGCUGCCCGGUAUCUUGACGGCUAUCACCCCACUUGCUCUUUACAUGAUCGCCCAGGAACUAUCCGUAUACAGCGGCUUUAUCGACCCUUGGACUUUCAAGCUGUACGCGUUCAUGGGCAUGAGCACGUAUGUUAUGUGCACGGGAACGCUCGGAUUCGUGGCCCUGACGACAUACAACGAUCACCACGACCGAGUUGUCUGGCGACCUGGUGUUCCACUGCUUGAUCGAUAUCUGAGAGAGGAUGAGCGAGCGGCCUUGGACCGCAUAGCUUGUGCGUGGGGUUUCAAGGAAGUGUGGAGGCGAGGUGAUGAAGAGGGCGAGGACUGGGAGGGUUUGAGACAGUGGAUCUUGCUCCGGGGUAUGGUUCUUGACAAGCCAGACCUAAUGCCUGGUAUGAACCCUGGAAGAUAG